CGCUAACCCUCGUUAAGACGCAGUCAAAACCGCGAGCGGGGCAAAUGGCUGACCUCUCCGGCUCUGCUAUAGCAGCGCUGCUAGUCUAGAGGCAGCAGGCGUCGUCCGCCGAUUCGCCAAAACGCUGCUCUGCCCGCCCGCAACACGCCGGGAGUGUGGCUGGCGGGCUCGGGACCAGGUCCGAAAUCCCGGCGACAAGGGUCGACGAAUCUAAUCCACUAAAACCUUCGAUCGGAAGCACAGAGUCGCCGCUAGCUUCGGCUCGAAGGAAGUUCGAGCUGGCCAGACUCGGGCUUUGAGGUUUGCGGUUUGAGGUUUGGGUGCAGGAUUUUCAGUCCGCUUUGCACGAUCUAGUUCGACUGCACUUGGAAUCUCAACUCUGAAAUCUCCGAAAGUGUAGUUCGAUAGGAAUAUCAUCGAGGCGAAGUGAAAAGUCGGUUUGUAUCUUGAAAUCCAGCCAGGAUGGCGUGGGUGGCAGCCACAACUGCUAACUGGUCUGCUGUUCGGCUGGCGAGUCCUGCUGCGAUCACACAAUGCGGAAAUGGCACGCCUGAACGGAGUACGAGGAAUUCGAAAGGACUGGGCUGGAUCGGAGCAGCAGUCGGGCGAUUAUCCUUAGAUUUGUUGACUCAGAGUCGUAAACAGAGUUCUGCGGCUCGGGCAGCCGUCGGUGUAGGCCAAGCGAACGAGGAGUUUUAUCCCGUGGGCGAUUAUUGUCCGCUUUACUCCGAAUUAAAAUCAGUUGCUGUCCCAUCGUCUUCUCAGAGGGAAGGAAGAAGUUCGAGGAGGUUGGAAACUAGAAUUAGUGCCACUUCUGUAGGUGGUGGCGUCAUCGUAGAGCCCGCUAACACUCACACUACCGAACAAGUGCUACCUAGAAUUGGAAGUGUGUCUCGGGUGACGAAGGAAACUAGCGUGGAAGUAGAAUUGAAUCUGGACGGGACAGGAAUCUGCGACUGUGACACCGGCAUACCCUUUCUCGAUCACAUGCUAGAUCAACUUGCGUCGCAUGGACUGUUAGAUGUGACAGUGAAGGCAAAGGGCGACAUUCACAUUGAUGAUCAUCACACGAACGAGGACAUUGGUUUGGCUGUCGGAACUGCAUUACUCCAGGCCUUAGGAGAUAGGAAGGGCAUAUAUCGCUUUGGGGAUUUUUCGGCUCCACUUGAUGAAGCUCUGAUCCAUGUUGUUUUGGAUUUAUCAGGAAGACCAUUUUUGGGGUAUAAUGUAGACAUUCCCACUCAACGAGUUGGUACCUACGAUACACAGUUGGUGGAGCAUUUUUUCCAAUCGGUGGUGAACACGUCUGGAAUGACCCUCCAUAUUCGCAAGCUUGCGGGAACCAAUUCUCACCACAUCAUCGAGGCUACUUUCAAAGCUUUUGCCAGAGCUCUGCGACAGGCGCUUGAAUAUGAUACGAGAAGAAAGGGAUCCGUUCCAAGCUCUAAGGGGGUCUUAUCUCGCGCAUGAUGCUGAUCAGAAACCUGUAACAAGAUUAAGUCAUGCAAACAUUUUAUUGUAACGUACGUAGUUUAGUUUGCAAGCAAGUCUUGCUGCUGGCUUCCAUUAUAUAGUGGCGUUGAAGGACGGACGCUAACCAGGCAGUUCAGUUUAUUCGCUAUAUUAGUUCCGUUACCCACAGGCAACUUUGUUAGUAAUAACGACUAAAAUUUAUGUAUCUUUCAUAUUAAUCUUCUGCCAAUGUUCGUCUCUUGAUUUUUUGUGGCAA